GCGCGUCCCCGACCUCCGAAUCCCACACUCCCAACCUCGAACGCCAAGCUGAGCAAGCAGGCCGAGCGGCAAGCGCGCACAUCCGCCUCCAAUCCUCCGUGCAGCCAGCUCGACCUGUCCAUGGCGCCGAGGAGGUCCCCUUCGCCGGCCGGAAGCAGCAGCAGCGGCGGCGGCUGCAGCGCGGAGCGCGCGGCGGCCGAGCAGCAGCAGCAGCCGAGGCUCCGCGGCGUGCGGAGGCGGCCGUGGGGCCGGUACGCGGCGGAGAUCCGCGACCCGGCGCGGAAGGCGCGCGUGUGGCUGGGCACCUUCGACACCCCCGAGGAGGCCGCGCGGGCCUACGACGCCGCCGCGCGGAAGCUCCGCGGGCCACGCGCCGCCACCAACUACCCCGCGGCGGCCGAUGAUUCGCCGUGCCUGUUCCUGGACCCGGCGCCGACGAAGACGGUGGUGCGGCAGUUCCUGCCGCCGCUGAAGGGGGCCGACCAAGAGCGGAGCUGCGGGUACCCGGGGGCGGCGGCGGCGUCGGUGGGCCUCGGGCUGGACCUCAACCUGCCUCCGCCGGCCGAGAUGGUGAUGUAGCGGCGGAAAUGGAAUUGGCCGAUCGAGCCGCCCAAGAUGAUGCUCAUGCAGUCAUGCUGCUAGCUAGCUAAUCCUAGCUGCCACGAAUGUACUCUUAGCUAGUAGCUCAUGCAGUAAAAAAUAGGCAGCUAGUAGCUCCUAGCUCGUGUUUCUUUUGUGCGGUUAACCUUAACCGGCUACUACUCUAGGACUGAUCUCUCGCAAAUUUGCAAUGCAAAGGAGGAGGAAAUUAACUUUUUUCCCCCGG